GGCCAAACAUGAUGCAUCCGAUCACAAAGAUCAUAGCCGUUGUGAUCAUCUCAAUGGUUUCUGGGGCUGCCAUGGGUGCUGAUCCUCAAUCUCCCUACUGCGACAUCAUCCUCGACCACUUCACCCCUUGCCUUCCCUACAUACUUCAAGGUGAGGUGAAUCCAGCCAAGGUUUGCUGUGAUGGUGUCCUGGGCCUCACACAGUAUACAAACGCCAAGGGAGGCCAACAAGAUAUAUGUGACUGCGUGAAGGCUGCAGCAAUUUUGAUGGGGGCACCUGUUGAUAAUUUCUCUAAGAUUUCUUCUCUUCCCAAAACUUGUGGCCUAUCGGUCACACUUCCACCCAUCUCUAGCGGCACCGAUUGUUCCCAGGUUAAGUGAAGAUUUGAUGGAAGGGGUAAUGCUUCAACAGACAAUGGAAUAAAUGAAUAAUUUGUCUAAUGAAGGGGUAAAUGUAAUGAGAAUAUGAAGCAAUAUAUGUGGAAUAAUAUUACCUGUUUUAAACUUGUGGAGUGGUUUGGAAUUCUUACUCUAGUAUUUGAACUCACCAGUUCCAUUAUCAUGCAAUUCUAUAUCACACUAUAUAUCACGUCCCCAAGCAAUAUAGUUUCUAAGUUUUUUUUUUUUUUUUCACCAAAAUUGGAUUUUGGUAAGCAAUAACCUGAUCAAAGGAUUUGGAUUUGGUGGUUUUGCGCUAAUUAAGAAGAAGGUUAAUUAUUUAUGGAGAAUCACUGUAAGAUGAUUUUAAAGUGAUUAUAUAUGGAGAAGUAUUCUCUAUAAAAGUGAUUAUUGGUCUAUCGAGAAUCAUACCAAAUGAGUCCACGAGUAGUGAUUCUUCAUAAAAGUAUGUUUUCUUUAUCAAAGUCGGAAUUCUUCUCAAUUCCUU